AUGAAAUACCAAUCCCCCGCUAAAUCCGACUCACCCACAUCCUCCCAAAAAACCAAAAAGAUGUCUUCCCUCCCAUUCACCUACCACGCCAACGCCCAAACCGAAUUCAAACCCCCUCUCAUCGCCAACGAGAACGCCUUCCUUGGUGAUGUCGCCGUAUCUACCGACGAAGCCGCACCACUCUCAGCCGGUUUCUACAGAUUAGAAAAAGGCACCCCGUUGAUCUACGAGUACACGUACCACGAGAUGAAGAUCAUUGUUGAUGGAGAAUUUGAUAUUAGCGAUGAGACUGGACAAAAGGUUCAUGCUACUAAGGGUGAUGUGUUUUACUUUCCUAAGGGAAGCAAAAUUACUUUUACGACUGAGACUUUUGGUUUGGGUUUCUUCGUAGGUCAGAGAAAGACUGGUACCGCAUAG